AUGGCUGAUAAUCCUAAAGCCAAUACCCUAAAAAAUAGAUUAAUUCCAAAUCAAUCAGCACAUAUUCAGAAAGUUACAUUGGAGACAUCGAUCCAUGGAGGAAGAUCGAUGUCACGCUCUAGUAAAUUAAAAAAUCCAAGUUCAAAGCUAGAGCCAUUGAAACAAGAUCAAGCAAUCAAACCACAAUAUGCUAGAGAGCAAGGUGAAACUCUUGCUUCUUUAACAUCGCCGUUUCAAUUUGUUGAAUAUGCUCGCAAAAACAAUUUGGAAGGAGAUUUUGUAUAUUUAGAACCACAAAAUAUUGAAGAAGACGAAAACAAUCCUACACGUCUCAGAAUUGUACCUCCAUCUAAAAUUAAUAAAAAUGAUUUUUGGACGAUAAGUCUUGCUGGCUUAAGCCAUGUCAAAAACUCUGUCGUCGAUUUCAUUCCACUCGAAGAUUGGCUCCGCUCAUGUGAAUUAUUCAAGAAAAUUAUGAAAAUUCCAUUUUUCAAACAUUACCAUCAAUGGAAGAACUUUACAGCAUGGAAACGUUCAGUUCUUAGAAACGAAAUGAAUACUUCAAUGUCAGCACUUCGCGAUCAUUAUUUCCUCGUACAUCCAAUUCUUCGACCAUCUUUCUUCCAAAUUCAAAAAGAAAUUCAAUCAUUACAUCAAAUCAAGCUAUUCAGCUUCAGAGGAAACAGUCUUUACACUCUCGAGGAGUUUCAGCAUCAAAGCGACCAUUAUCUUGCAGAAAUUACUGAAAAGUUGAACGGAUUCAUCGAGCGCGUUACAGAAAUGGUUCAAGUUGCUUGCGAUAAGACAAUGAACACUCUCAGUAGCCUUACAGUUACAGAUGGCUCUGUUCAAACUUCUCCACUCGAUCAUUUACUUUCUCAAUACGAAAAAGCAGCUCAUCGUGGUGUAACCAAUGCAUUUGAUAGCGGUCCAUCACUUACAUUCACACAACGUGCAGCAAAUCGUACAAUGUGCGGUAAACUUGUCAAAUUUAUUAAAUUGGUCGACGCUUGCAUCGUUUCUGCACUCAGAACAGUUUGUUUCAAUUCAUUCAUCGAAUUCUACUGCAUUAUCAGCAGCCUUCAUAAACGUUCAUUGAAAUUAUUAAAUUCAAACGAAAUGAAACCACUUCCAGAGCUUAUUUUACCGAGUGAAUUCUCUCCUGUCUUCCCAUUCAUCAAUCAGAAGGCCACAGAAUUCUUCGAAACCCCAGUUUUCGCUGUAAAUAUUAAUCUUUCCAAAGAAGUUGUCUGGACACCAAACGAAGGCACAGUUCUUAACAUCAUUGCCCAAAUCCGUAAAGACUGCUGCCAAGUUCUUUACAAUGUACCACGUUUAAUCCUAAAUCCAGCAUUUCGUCAGUACAUUUCACCAGAUGGCUCGAACGAUCGCAACAAGAGCGACAAGAUACCAGCUCCUGAUCUCAAAGCCAUCAUAGAAAGCGAUAAAGUUUUCAGUGAUAUCAUCGACCAUCAAAAUAAUGUCAUAAAGGAAGCCUUUAAGAGUCUUCAGGUUUUCUCAGCCGAUUUCAAGGAAGCUAUCCAGAUUUUCGAAACAAACGAAAAGUUCAACGCAAACGCAUAUCUCGAAAACGGAAUUACUCCACCAGAACUUGCACAAGCCAUCAAGAAAUACAACGGAGAAAUCGAAUAUCUCGCUACAAUACACGAAAAGAGUGAAGUUGGUCUCUUCAGUUGCUUCGCAAAGGAAAUGAAGCAAAGAUUCCAACGAUCACCAGUCGAAUGCUUAAACCAAAUCAAAAUUACACUUCCUCUUAUUACUCGCAAACUACUAUCAGAGUUUUCUGACAAAAUCAGAACAGCUCAUACAAAAUUAUUCGCUCCUAUCGAUGAUGUAUCGUCCUACGUUAACUACUUAUCUGCCUCCGAACAGUAUCUUAACGAAGGCGACGAUUUCCAGCAUCGCGCCGACGCAAUUCGCGAUUUCUACGCAAUUGCGGCCGAUAUCAACGUAACAAUCACUCUUGAUGAGCAAACAGAGUACCAAUCAUUAUUACCUGUCUUCGAUGAAGUCAAACGUGCUCUUUCUCUUGCCGGAGAAACGAAACAAACUCUCAUGCCGAAGUUUACACAACAACUCGAGAAACUCAUUGCACAAUUACACUCUAAUGUUCUCGAUGUUGCACAGUUCUCUCUCGACAAGCGUCUUGGCGAUCCAAAGACAACAAUAGACGAAGCAAACGCAUUCCUUAAGGAUGUUUGCGCUCGUUUGGAUGUUGUCAAAACCGCUUCUGACAAUUAUCACAGAUAUCAGAAAGCUAUGAAUAUUCCUGUCACCAGAUUCGAAGAUGUCGAAGAGCUUACGAAGGAAAUCACAUUAAAGAAGCUUCUCUGGGACACGAAACAGAAGUGGAAGCAGUUGACAGAAGAAUGGUCGAACAAACCGUUUUCUACGAUCAAUCCACAAAGUAUGGCAGAAGUUAUCCAAGAAUAUCAACUCAAUGUCACUAAAGUUGUUAAGGGAUUACCAGGAAACGUUGUCGCCGCUGAACUUAAGGUUUCUAUCACUGAUUACGCGACAUUGUUACCUAUUGUUACUGAUCUCAAGAACCCUGCAUUGAAGAAGAGAUUCUUGGAACAAAUCACACAAUUGCUUGGCGCAAAUAUUUUCGGAGACGAACAGUUCAAGUUCGGAAAACUCUUCGAAUUACGCGCUUUCAAUUAUGCGGAACAAAUUGCAGCAAUCAGUUCACAAGCUACAAACGAACAAGCCCUUCACGACAUGUUGCAGAAUGUUCAGAAGAUGGUCAGCAAACUUGUCUUCAUCAUGACACAAUCGAAACAAAACACUCACGCAUAUAUUUUCGGCGGUUUCGAUGAUAUUUUGACACAGUUAGAUGAAGCACAAUCCAUUGUUUCAACUGUUAGAUCAUCCAGAUACAUUGCAGCAUUAAGAACACAAGCUGAUGAAUGGGCGAGACAGUUGAGAUUGUUCUCAAGUACAUUGGAAGCUUUGAUGACAUGUCAAAGAGGUUAUGUCUAUUUGAGUAACGUUUUCUCGACAUCUGAUAUCCAAAGACAAUUACCACAAGAAGCAACUGCUUUCUACCAAGUUGAAAAGAUGUGGUUGCAAAUGUCUAAAGAUGCACAUGAAAACGAUCCUUCUGCAUUCAAGUUCUGCACAAAUCAAAAGAUUCAAGCUGAUUUGGAUAACGCGAAUAAAUCACUUGAACAAAUACAAAAGGCUUUGGAGAAUUUCUUGGAAACAAAGAGAAUCGCGUUCCCUCGUUUCUACUUCCUUUCAAACGACGAUCUUCUCGAUAUCCUCGCCAAGUCAAAGAAUCCAGAAGCUGUUCAACCUCAUCUCAAAAAGAUUUUCGAAGGAAUUUACAAACUCGAAAUCACAAAUACAGAUGGAUUCCAAACUGCUGUCGCUCUGAUCUCCGCAGAAGGAGAAUCAGUUCCAUUGAGAACAGGCGGUGUCAAGCUACAAGGUGCUGUUGAAGCUUGGCUCAGCGCUGUUGAAGAAAACGCACAAAGAGCAUUGAGAAUGCACACUAAAAACGCAUUGCAUUCUUACGCGGAAUCAGUAAGAGAAGACUGGAUUCCACAACAGCCAGGCCAGAUUGUUCUUUCUGUUACACAGAUAGAUUGGUGCGAGCGUGUUGAAGCAGCAUUACAAUCAGGAAAUCCAGAAGAAGGUUUGAUCGAAGUAAACAAGGAAACAGAAGAAAAUUUGGCAACUUUGGCAAAAUUUGUCAGAUUAGAUUUGACAGAUUUAGAGCGUACAACGAUUUCCGCAUUGAUUACAAUGGAUGUACACUCCAGAGAUAUCAUCACUGAUAUGAUCAAGAUGAAAGUCUCCAAUAUCAAUGAUUUCGAAUGGUUCAAACGCCUGAAAUAUUAUUGGGAUGAAGUGAACAAAGAAGUUGUUGUCCACCAAACAAAUACAUCAUUCAGAUACGGAUACGAAUACCUCGGCUGCACACCACGUCUUGUCAUCACUCCUCUCACUGAUAGAUGCUAUUUGACAUUGACAGGUGCUUUGCAUUUACACCUUGGUGGUUCUCCAGCUGGUCCUGCAGGUACAGGCAAGACAGAAACAGUUAAAGAUCUUGCGAAGGCUUUAGCUAUUUUCUGUGUCGUUUUCAACUGUUCCGAUACAGUUACUGUCUUCCAGAUGUCCACAUUCUUCAGAGGUCUUGCACAGGCAGGUGCAUGGUCUUGCUUCGAUGAAUUCAACCGUAUCAACAUCGAAGUUCUUUCUGUUAUUGCUGAGCAGUUUAACUGCAUCAGAUUGGCUCUUUGCGCUGAACAAAAGAGAUUCGAUUUCGAAGGACUCAACAUCGCAUUGAAUCCUCGUGUCGGAUGCUUCAUUACAAUGAACCCAGGUUACGCAGGACGUACAGAACUUCCUGAUAACUUGAAGGCUUUGUUCAGACCUGUUUCCAUGAUGAUUCCUGAUUACACAUUGAUUGCUGAAAUCAUGUUGUAUUCUCAAGGUUUCCAGGAAGCAAAGAGAUUGUCCCAGAAGAUGACAAAACUCUACAAACUCAGCUCCGAAAUGCUUUCUCAACAAGAUCACUACGAUUUCGGUAUGAGAGCUCUUAAAUCCGUCUUAGUUAUGGCUGGUUCUCUUAAACGUUCUAAUCCAGAUGUUUCUGAAGAUUUGACUUUGAUUAGAGCCAUGAGAGAUUCAAACCUCGCGAAGUUCUUGAACGAAGAUAUUCCUUUGUUCAACGGUAUUGUUUCAGAUCUUUUCCCUGGUGUCGAAAUUGUCGACAAAAUGGAAGAAUAUCUCACAAGAGCUAUCAAAGAAACAACAGAAUCAAUGGGAUUACAAGCAACAGAUUUCGUCAUUUCAAAGGUUGCUCAACUUCAUGACGCAAUGAGAUUCAGACACGGUGUUAUGUUGGUCGGUCCAACAUGUGGUGGUAAAUCCACUGUCAUGCAAAUUCUCGAGAAAACUAACACAACACUUUCUGAAACUCUCGCUGAUUACAACCCUGUUAAACACUACAUCAUGAAUCCAAAGUCAUUGACAAUGUUCGAAUUGUACGGUGAACAAGACAUGGAUACACAGGAAUGGCGUGAUGGUUUAAUCGCUAUUAUCUUCAAUGAAUGCGUUGAGAAAACAGAAAAAGAAGAACAAUGGAUUGUUUUCGAUGGACCUGUCGAUGCUUUGUGGAUUGAAAACAUGAACACAGUUCUUGAUGAUAACAAAUUGCUUUCUCUCGCUAACUCAAAGCGUAUCAAGAUGACACCAUUCAUGCAUCUUUUGUUUGAAGUCCAAGAUCUCGCAGUUGCUUCUCCAGCUACUGUUUCUCGUUGCGCAAUGGUUUAUGUUGAUCCAGAAGGUUUAGGAUGGAAGCCUUUCUGCGAUACAGCAAUUGAACAAAGAAUUAAACCAUUGUUAUUGAAGAACGAGAUUCACGUACAAAGAUUCCGUGAACUGUUGAAUGCCUGCGUUGAUCCAACAUUUGCUUUCUUGAAGGAGAACUGCAAACUCGGAAACAAAUGGGUACCAAUGAACUUAAUCUUCUCUUUGUUCAACUUAUUCGAGUGCUUAAUCACAGAAGCCGUUGAAAACAAAGAAGUUAAACUCGAUCCAAUCGAAUCAGAUCCAGAAAUCAUCAGAGUUUUAAGCUCUUUCUUCGUUUUCGCUUAUGUUUGGUCAUUUGGUGGUCACGUUUCCGCUCAACAAAGAUUGCAAUUCGAUACUUGCGCCCGUGAUAUCUUUGUUUCGAUGACACCUUUGCCAUCACGUGGAGCAUUGUUUGAUUACCAAUACAAGUGCACAACAAGAGAAUGGGUUCCAUGGUCAGAAAUCCUUCCGAAGUUCGAAUACGGAGCAUCAAAGAAAGACGACGAAGAUGAAGAUGCAGAUGACAAGAAAGGUGGAAAAGUCAAAUUCCAUUCAUUACUUGUUCCAACAGUUGAUACAACGAGAUUCUCCUUCUUGAUUAAACUGUUGAUCAAAUACAACCACGGUAUCUUCCUUCGUGGUUCAUCCGGUGUCGGUAAAUCCGUAAUCAUCCAACGCGCAACUAAAGAAUUGGACAGCACUGGCGAAUAUUACAACAUUUCCUGCAUUUUCUCUGCACAUACAACUUCCAAGGCAACACAGGAAAUGAUUGAGUCCAAACUCGAGAGAAAGAGAGGUGUCGCAAUGCAGCCGCCAAGUGGAAAGAAAGGUGUAUGGUUCAUUGAUGAUAUCAACAUGCCAGAACCAGAAUGUUACGGUGCACAACCACCAAUUGAAUUGUUAAGACAGUUCAUUUCGAUGGGAGGAAUGUAUUCCAGACCAUCUCUUCAAUGGAAUGACAUCAGGAAUGUCACAUUGAUUGGCGCAGGUGGUCCAGAUGGUGGCUCAAGAUCUCCUUUGUCUCCAAGAUUCUUGAGAUUCAUGUUCAACCUCGAAUUAACUCCUCCUGACGAUUCAACAUUGUUCAACAUUUUCAAUUCAAUUUUACAACCAUUCUUCUCAGAAUUUUCUGAACCAAUCAGAAACAUGGUUGAAAGAAUUGUUCAUGGAUCAGUUUAUGUUUACUCCGCUGUUGCACAGAACUUCCUUCCAACACCAGAUAAGUCACACUACGUCUUCAACUUGAGAGAUCUCGCAAAUGUCAUUCAAGGUUUGAUGAGAGCUCGUCCUGACAAUAUCCAGUCACCAAACAUCCUCCAAAAGCUUUGGAUGCACGAGAACGUCAGAGUUUACAGUGAUAGACUUAUUUGUGUCGAAGACAGGAAGCAAUUCCAAGACAUUUUGGCAAAUACAAUGAAGAAGAAGAUCGGAAAUGAUGUUUCCGCUGAUGAUGUUUUCGAAUCUCCAUUGAUUUUCUGCGAUUACAUCAGAGGUUUCGUUUCUGAUCAAGAGAGAUUCUACGAAGAAUUACCAACAUACGACAAGGCAAGAAACGUUCUCGAAGAAUACUUCACAGAUUAUCAGUUCUCUCGUCGUUCACAAACAGAUCAAAUUCUCUUCUUCGAUGCUGCAAUUCAACACAUUUCCAGAAUUUGCAGAAUUCUCAGACAACCAAAAGGACACUGUGUCUUAGUCGGUGUUGCAGGUACAGGUAAGAGAACACUCGCACGAUUCGCUUCUUUCGUUUCAGAAUGCGAACUCGGUGAAAUCGAAGUUACUGAUCAUUACACGAUUGAAAACUUCAAAGAAGAUUUGCAGUCAUUCUACAUGAAAUGUGGUGUUGGCGGUAAAAGAAUCGCUUUCAUUAUAUCAGACACACAACUUGUAAAUGAUGAAUUCCUUGAAGUUAUCAACAACGUUUUGAAUACAGGUGAAAUCCCUAAUUUGUUCACACAAGAAGAUCUCGAUAAGAUUUGCAAUGAAAUUGUAAGUUACGCCAAACAAAUUGGAGAAAACGAAUCACGUGAGAACUUGAUUAAAUUGUUCUAUGAACGUGUCAGAGAGAAUUUCCACGUUGUCCUUACAAUGUCACCAGUAGGAGAUUCAUUCAGACACAGAUGCAGAAUGUUCCCAUCAUUAGUUUCAUGCUGCACAAUCAACUGGGUUGAUACAUGGCCAGAUGAAGCUCUUAGAUUAGUUUCUAAGUCAAGAUUCCAAGAAAUCACAGAUGUUCAAAUCGAAGACUUUGCUUCCAAACUAUCAGAUAUUUCAGUUUUCAUUCACAGCAAAGUUGAAGAAUUCGCAAACAGAAUGAAGAAUGAAUUACAUAGAACAUAUUACAUUACUCCCGCUUUGUUCAUCAGAUUCAUUACAUUCUAUCAGUCAUUGUUAGAACUCAGACAAGCCAAACAUCGCCGCGGAAUCAAUCGUCUUGAAGGUGGUGUUCAAAAGCUUUCAGAAGCAAACGCAUUGGUCGAAAAGAUGCAAGCACAACUUUCUAAAUUAGAACCAGUUUUGGCAAGUGCUGCCAAAGCAACAGAAGAAAUGCUUGUUAAAAUCAAGAAAGAUCAAGCUGAAGCAGAUAAAAUGAAGGAGAUCGUUUCUGCAGAAGAAAAAGUUGUUUCCAAACAAGCAGAAGAAGCUGAACAAAUGGCUGCAGAAGCACAAAAAGAACUCGACCAAGUUCUUCCAUUGCUUGAAGAAGCUACAGCACAACUCAAAGGUUUGUCAAGAUCAGAUGUCGCUGAAGUUAGACAGUAUUCAGAUCCACACAUUGCAGUUAGAACAGUUAUGGAAGCCAUCUGUAUUUUGGCUGAAGUUGAACCAACAUGGAAAUCUGCUGUUACAUUAGUUUCUGAUCCAAUGUUCAUUUCUAAGAUUUCUACCAAAUAUUCACAAGAUCACCACGUUCCUCCAACAAUUCUUCGCAAAUUGCAACCAUAUGUCGAAGACAAUCCAAACUUCCAACAAGAAGAAGUCGGUCGUGUUUCUCGCGCUGCUAGAUCUCUUUGUAUUUGGGCUACAAUCCUUUACAAGUACGAAGACACAUUCAGAAAAGUCGAACCAAAGCAAUUGAAAGUCGCUGAAGCAACAGCAACUCUCAAAGCAGCUAAAGACGCACUCAAGGCCAAACAAGAUCAGCUCGCAGAAAUCGAAGCUGCAUUAGCCGCUUACAAGAAACAAUACGAUGAUUCAGAACGCGAGAAAUCUAGAUUGGCCAAUGAAAUUGCACAAACACAAGCCAGAUUACAACGUGCAGGCAAAUUGACAGUUGGUUUAGCUGAUGAACGUGUUAGAUGGAGUGAGCAAGUCGCAAUCAUGGAGAAGGAUGUCAUCUUCAUUCCAGGAGACUCCUUCCUUUGCGCUGCCAUUCUCAUUUACUUCGGUCCAUUCCCUGCUCUUUACAGACAAGAAUUACAAGAAGUCAUUAUCCAGAAAAUCACUGAGGCCGGUGUCAAAUUGGCAACACCAUUCUCAUUUGCUGAUUCUAUGGUUGAUCCAGCUGUCAUCAGAGAUUGGCAGUCCAUGGGCUUACCAAACGAUUCAACAUCAAUUGAGAACGCAUUGAUCAUCACACAGGCGCCGAAGUCUGCAUUGAUCAUUGAUCCUCAAAACCAGGCAACAGUUUGGAUCCGAAACAUGGAGAAAGAGAGACAAUUAGUUACAAUCAAACCAAAUACACCAAACUUCUACAGAGUAAUUGAAGGUGCCGCAAGACUUGGAAACCCAGUUCUACUUGAAGAUGUCCAAGAAACAUUAGAUCCUGCAUUAGACAGUUUGUUAAUGCGCAAGUAUUACAAACAAGAUGGAAAACUUAUGGUGAGAAUCGGUGACAGAGCUAUCGAAGUUGACGAGAAAUUCGCAUUCUAUGUCACAACGAAACUCACAAAUCCAUUGUACAUGCCAGACAUGUUUGUCAAAGUUUCCAUUGUCAACAUGAUUGUCACACAAACAGCUCUUGAAGCACAAUCUUUGUCACAAGUUGUAGGCUUAGAACGUCCAGAACUUGAAAAGCAAAAGAACGAUUUAGUUAUGAGCAUCACAGCCGACAAGAAGAUGCUUGUUGAAAUCGAAGACAAACUCUUAGAGUUGUUGAGAAAUGCCGGUGACAAGAUUCUUGAUAACGAAGAACUUAUCAACACAAUUGAUGAAGCUAAGAAGAAAUCACUUGAAGUCAAAGAACACGUCAGAAUUUGUGAAGAAGCAGAAGUCGAAAUCAACCAGUUACGUCUUGAAUACAAGCCAGUUGCUGUUCGCUCUGCUAUUUUGUUCUUUGUUACAGGUGACAUGGCAUCUAUCGAUCCAAUGUAUCAAUAUUCACUCGAAUUCUUCAGAGAUUUAGUUGAACAUUGUAUCAAGACAGCUCCAGAAUCAGAAGACCACCUUGGAACAUUGAUUAAGUUGAUUACUUAUUCAACAUACGUCACUGUUUCAAGAGGUCUUUUCGAACGCCACAGAUCAUUGUUUGCAUUCUCAAUGUGCUGCAGAAUCUUGAGAAACGAAGGCAAAUUAACAGACCAAGAGUGGGAUUUGUUCAUCAGAGGUCCUCCACUUAUUGAUAACCAAGAAGCGAAUCCACUUCCUAAAUUCAUUUCAGAUGCAAGAUGGAAUGAAUUAUAUUCUCUUGGAAAGAUUUUGCCACCAUUCCAGAAUGUUCCUAAAGCAAUUUCUAAAGAACCAGAAGCAUUCACAGACUUCUUGACAUCAGAAAGCACAGACAUCCCAGAGAUGUUCAUGAAACAACCACAAGCAUUCCAUAAAAUGUUGUUCUUCAAGACAGUUGCAAUCGAUCGUUUACAACACGUUAUGUUAGACUUCAUUUCAGAGAAUUUGGGAGAUGAUUUCACACGAUCUCCUGCAUUCGAUCUUAAAGAAUCAUACAGAACAACGAAGAACACAAUGCCACUCAUCUUCAUUCUUUCACAAGGUGCAGAUCCUCGUGACCAUCUCUUAAGACUUGCCACAGAAUUACAGAUGGACCAGAGAUUGAAGAUGCGUUCAUUAGGUCAAGGACAAGGCCCAGAAGCAGAGAAAGCCAUUCAAUCGGGUACACAACGCGGUGAAUGGAUUUACUUGCAGAACUGCCAUCUUUCGCUUUCAUGGCUUCCUGAGUUAGAAGCAAUUGUUUCUAAUCUCAAAGCAGAUGAAUGCCACAAAGACUUCAGAUUAUUCCUUUCUUCAAUGCCAACAAGUGGAUUCCCUGUUUCAAUCUUGAGAAACUCAAUCAAAGUCACCAACGAACCACCACGAGGCAUCAAAGCUCACUUGCAGAGACAAUUAGGAUCAUUACAACCAGAAGAAUUCGAAGGAUGCACGAAGCCAAGACCAUGGAAGAAACUUUUAUUCGGCUUGACAUUCUUCCACGCAGUUAUUCAAGAGAGAAAGAAGUUCGGACCACUCGGAUUCAACAAAGUUUACGAGUGGACAGAAACAGAUUAUUCAGUUUCGGUUUCAUAUUUGCGUAUGUUCUUAGACGAACAACCAACAAUUCCAUGGGAUGCAUUGAGAUUCUUGACAGGCGAAAUCAUCUACGGUGGUCGUGUCACAGAUGACUGGGAUCGACGCUGCAUGAUGUCCAUUUUGUCUAAAUACUACUGCCCAGACAUUCUUGGCGAAGGAUACUUCUUCUCAAGAGGCACAGUUUACUUCGCACCACCAGCAGAAGACUACCAGAAGAUGAUGGCUUACGUCAAUCAACUUCCAUUCAACGAUGAUCACGAUAUCUUCGCAAUGCACGAGAACGCAGAAAUCGCUGUCAGAAGACGCAUUUCAGAACAAAUGAUCAAGACAUUGCAAUCAGCUGGCGGCGCAAGUGCUACAUCAGGAAGUGGCAAUGACGCAGUUUUACAACUCGUCAAAGAUCUUAUGGAGAAGAUGCCAGUUUUAGGUGAUCCAGCGAAGAUGAACGAAUGUCUUCUCGAAGAAAAGAACGGAUGCUUAGAUCCACUUACAGUUGUUCUUAAACAAGAAGUUGAAAGAUUCCAGAAGAUGCUUAAGAACAUCACAGAUUCAUUGAAGGAACUAGAGAAAGCACUCAAAGGUUUAGUUGCGAUAUCGCCUCUUCUUGAGAAUGUAAUGCAAAGUUUGUUUGUAAACAAAGUGCCUGAUUCUUGGGCGGCUUAUCCAUCUCUCAAACCACUAGGUUCGUGGUUCGCUGAGUUAAUAAAGAGAAUAGAGUUCUUCAACACAUGGAUGUCACAAGGAAAUCCUUCAAGUUUCUGGUUGACUGCAUUCUCGUUCCCUCAGUCUUUCUUAACUGGAAUUCUUCAGAGACACUCAAGAGUAAACGAAAUUCCAAUAGACAACUUGUCUUUCGAGUGCGAAGUAGUGAACGAAGAACCACAGUCUUUCCCUGAAACUGGUGUUUACAUACACGGCCUGUUCUUCGAUGGUGCAAAGUGGUCUGUGCAGAAUGGAACAAUAGAUGAACAAGAUCUUGGACAGAUAUACACUGAAGCACCUUGGAUACACUUGAAACCAACAAACAAUAACUCACAGUUAACACAGAGCUACUAUCAGUGCCCAAUAUACAUAACAGCACAGAGAGAAGGUACUCUAUCAACAACUGGUACUUCAACAAACUUCGUUGUCGCAAUACAACUUCCAACAAAUCAAUCUCCUGAUCAUUGGAUACAACGCGGUGCUGCUUUACUUGUUGCAACUCCUGAAUAA